AUACUACGUGUCACUCGCCGCACCGUUGCUGUACAAGAUAUAAAUGCCGAGUUAUUGUUUGAUCGUGGAAGGCGAGAAGGUGACGCAGGUUUCCACAGACGAGCGGAUGACAUUGCACUCCGGAGUACAAAGGAAGAGACCAGUAUGAAAAGCACUGCCAGCCGCCUUACGCAGGCAUUCAUACCUUUUACGAGCACAAGUGUCAGCAGCACAGCGCAAUGCCCCGUGAUCAGGACGAGAGAUCGAACGAGGAAACGCGCGCGAUGUCCUUGGACCACCGCUUCUGUUUUCGUCAAGUUAACAUACGGACACUGCGGAAUCGAUUCCGCCGCGAAAACAACGAUGAGGCUUCAGCACCCGAAGAGAACAGCUGCCGUGUUUCCUUGCCUUCCUCUUCGCAGUGCCCAGAGACUUCCAGUGCUCACCGCGUCCCGUCCUCUGACAGUGAGCCUUCACAAUCGAGUGCAAUCGGAAGCCAGCCUACAGACGUGGACUCGACCCUCGAAGGCGAAAACCAGGUGGGGAAGACGAGCGCCACCGCAUUGUCCAAGGACGCUCAACUUCCGGUGCGAAGCCCUGAAGCCAUAAGUGACCCUCAGGAUGACUCCGCGCGGAGCUGUGUCUCUCCCGAUAAGUCAACUGGUAACCUCAACGGGGUUGGGAGCAGUGGACCCAUCUGCCGGAUCUGCCAUGAAGGUGACCAAGAGGGUCCCCUCGCGUCCCCCUGCAGCUGCUCUGGCACCAUGGGCUUCGUGCAUGUGCCCUGCCUAGAGCACUGGUUGAACGAGCGGAACAUGGACUACUGCGAGCUCUGCAUUCAGCAUUUCCAGAUGGCGGCCCAACCCAGAAGCGUGCGCCGGUUCUUCCACUGGGUUAGGCAGAGCGAGGGGCGGCUGCGACGCGCGUUGCUGUGCGACCUGUUCUGCUUGGUCAUCGUGACAUCAGCCAUAGUGUUCACGUUCAUCAUGCAGGGAACAGCGUUGGAUGCGCUUGAGUCGAAGGGUCUUCUCUGGCAAUUGAUCCUGGUUUUCGUAAGCGGCUCCUUCCACGCUUGUUGCGCGAUUUAUUUGUCGAACAGGCUGCGCAGUCGGUACCAUUCAUUCACGACGUGGCAUUUGGCGAACCCGCUGCGCCGGAUCAUGGUGGUGCCUUCCGUCACAGAAGUGACUCUCGGCCAGAGAGAACGCAAUGACGCGCGGGCAGCUGGAGAGCCAUCGACCUCCGGUGGGCGUUCUCCCCGCUAGCAUCAACAGGAAGGCUACGACAGAGCGUCAAGAUAAAGGCGGCUAAUGCACGCCGUUAGAACCGCUGCCGAAAACGCUUUGCCAGAAGACCUGACAUGUAAGCCUACGGGCUGCAGGAGACCAGAAACGUGUUUGAGGCUCGCGCAGAUGGUGCAGUGGUAGCGUUGAAAGCCUCGAGAUGUUGCUAAUGUUGCUUGAUCAUUUUAAUGCAUGGAUUUGGUGGUGACGAGCUUUUUAUUAUGCAAUUUAUUUUCUCUGCAUGUUCUCAAAAUCAUAAGCGACGUAUGCAAAUCAUGUUGUAGCAUUUUUAAUAAACAAAACCCUGAUUUUAUAUAUAAUAAAAGGUGUAAUAUCUGGACAGAACUACAUUUAGUUUACAUUGUGUAAGAGUUAAUGCUAAUGUCUCCUUUUCAUGUAAAGUGGACCGAGGAAAAAGCAUUGCCUGGUAGAAAUCUGCUUUCUACGAGCCUCUUUGGCCACUAUCGUAUU